AUGUGUUUCGCUGUGCGCAAGACGACCACCGCCAUCACCAGGCCCGAGAUUCCGCCGUCCAACUUCUUUGCCGGACCAGCGGAGCGAGCGGCCGUUCGCGAGUUCCUGAUGCAACCAAACAUGGUGCCAGGGUCCUACAUCGUGCACCAGAGCACCCACAACCGUGCCACCUUCUACGUCUCCGUCGUCACGCCAGCAAGCGCUGUUGAGCACCUGCCAGUGCCCUACCGCAACAGCACCUUCCGCCUGGGCAACCUGACCUGCCGCACCGUGGAUGAGCUGGUGCGCAUGCUGCCGACCGCCCCACUCGUGGACGCGCGCGGCGCCUCUCUGUCGUUCGUGCAGGCCGUGGCGGGGACAUUCAACAUGACCCGCGCCAUGGCCCGACAACAGCAGCGGCAGCACAAGAAACACCACCACCACCAGCCACAACAACAGCCACAACAACAGCAGCAGCAGCAGCAGCAGCACCGAGGGCGGGUGGCCGAGAGGGGUUCGUCGCAACCCGGCUUGGUCGUGCAGCAGUCGCAGCCGGGGUCUGUUGGCAGCGGGCUUGGUGCGCCAGCGGGGCCAGCGACGGACAGUGGCGACGACGAAAAGACGAAGAAGAAGAAGAAGAAGCGCGGCCUCUUCUCGCGGCUGUUGGGCGGUAAGGGCAAAGCCGGCUCUCGUGGUGACAGCAGCACAGACACAGCACCGUCGCCAUCAGCAGUGCCGCAGCUGCAAACAGACGCGGCAGGCCGGCGCCACUCUGCGCCCGCACACGAUCUCGAUGCGAGUGCACGGCGGGUGCGGCCACGACCAAGCGACCUGCACCUCGUGGGCAAUGCUGGCGUGAGCGGUGUGCACAGUCGCGGUGCUGCUAAUGGUGGCGGUGACCGCGCACCGGGGGACUACGACAACAUGAAGGAUAUCGUGGCCGGAGGUGCCCACGACAGCAGCAGCAGCAGCAGCAGCAGCAGCGAUGAUAAUGAUGAUGAUGGUAGCAACGAUGCUGGUGGUAUGGCUGUCCCUGCUCUGCCUGUUCGCCGGGCAACCAUCACCUCCCAAUCCUCCGUUCGCGUCGUGCCGGAACUCCCAGACCUGCAGGAACGAAGCGAUAGCAGCGAUGAUGACGACGACGAUGGUGGUGAUGACACCGGUGUCAAUCGUCGUGCUGGUGCUACGGGUGGUGGGCAGCGAAGAAACAAGAACGACUCGCCAGCAAAGCCCCGCGUGCAGCCGCUGGUGAAGGCGGCACCGGACGUCCGGUCCACCCCGCCACUGCUGCCGCCGCCACCAGACGUGAUUGGCGGCAGAUCGCCCCACCUCAACGCACGCGGGGGUCCUCCAACGCCACCCGCCAUCACCACCACGGCACCGGCGCCUGCGACAGGGAGUGUACCUGCACCUGCGACAGGGAGAGUCAGUGACACACCGCCUGAGCCGCCCAAGCGCGAGAAGAAUAGGCCGAGCAAGUUGCGACUGCCCGGCAAGAAGAGCGGUAAGCAGCGGCGGUCGAACCGACACAGGCGCGACCCGCGCGAUGUGGUGCAGGAGCUUGGCCUAAACAUGCCCGUCACGCCAAUGGACGUUGAGGGCUUCAAGCAGCUGCCACGCCACCAGAUCCAUGCGUCCGCGCUGCCGUCGCACGCUGCCGGCCCGCGACUGAACCGCUUCAGAGACAUCCUGCCCAACCCGGCCACGCGUGUUCGCCUGCCGCCACUGCAGGAGGACCCCACCCUCGAAUACAUCAACGCAAACUACAUCAGAGGGCACGGCGGGCGGUCUGCGCGUGCGUAUGUUGCGGCGCAGGCGCCAAUGGACACGGGGCUGUACAACUUCUGGCGGCUCAUCUGGCACGCGAACAUCAACACGAUUGUCAUGGCGACCGGGUUUGAGGAGGCCGGCCGUCGCAAGUGCGCACGCUACUUUCCCGAGGAGCCAUCAGAUCAGUUCCGGGAGUCGUUUACGUUCGGGCCGGAGCGCCUGCUGAUCAAAGUGCGCACUGUGGCCAAGCACGACCUCGGCUUCUACACAAAACGCACCAUCAAGUUCACGUUUGGGCAGGAGGAGCGUGACGUCACGCAUUUCUGGUUCACGGCCUGGCCAGACCACGAUGUCCCAACCAACGCCGAUGGUUCACUGGCGACAGGGCCCACAAUUGACUUGCUGCGUGACGUGCGACUGCACCGGCAGGCGACCAACGACGCAGGACCGCUAAUGAUCCACUGCUCGGCCGGCAUUGGGCGCACGGGCACGCUCCUCGUCAUCGACUACGCCAUGUCCGCACUGCAGAAUGGGGAGGUGAUUGACAUCAACAAGAUUGUUGCUGAGCUGCGGGAGGACAGGAUGGCGCUGGUGCAGCACGUCAACCAGUACAAGUUCUGCUACCAGGCCACCAUUGAGUUUGCAAAGCGCCUGUCGCGCACGCCGGCACCCGCACACGAACAGCGCACGAGCGUGUACAAGGAGACGGAGCCCAUUUAUGCUGUCGCAACCUCUCCGCAGGAGGCAGACCGCCUUUCCCGAAGCGGAAACUGGAAACUGCACUCGCAGCGCGGCGAGACGGCCGUUUACUCGCUCAACAGCAACACACUUCCCCAGGAGGAGGACGACUCGCUCGCCGUGUUCUCCCCGCACGCAGAGCGAAGUGGCCGUCGUGGCAGCACCAGUGGUGGAGGUGGUGGCGGUCGGGGACGCAACAGCAGCAGCAGCAGUGGUGGCGGUCGUGGUGGAGCGAUUGCCGAAGAGGAUGAGGACGACGAUGAGAGCGACGAUGAAGACGACAUCUCGACGCGGUGGUGGUUCCGGUCCAACUUCACACGCGCGCAGGUGGACGAGCUGCUGCAGGACGCGCCCAAGGGCCAGUUCCUUGUCCGCAACUCGAGCAAGCCGAACCACUACGCGCUGUCGCUGCAGACGGGGACGAAGAUUGUGAACAUGCUGAUUGCGCCGCAGCAGCAGGCGGACGGCAGCAUCAAGUACAAGCUGGGCAAGUCGCAGCCCACGCUGUUUGACACCUUGGACGAGCUGGUGAGCGAAUGUCUUCGCUCUGGCGUCAUCACCGCGGAGUCGGAUGGCAUUGUCAAGCUCUUGCCAAACAAUGAAGAGAUGGAGGCCUAGACAGUUUGUUUGUUUUGUUUGUUUGGUUGUUUGUUUGUUUGUUUGUUUUUGUGUGUGAUUUGAUCAAAUAGCGCUUGCUCUGCUUGCGACGUGAUGAUGAGUGUUCUGACUCGCAUAUCCCGCCUUGUGUUAUUCUUGCAUCGUGUCGUUGUUACCUUGCUGUUGUUCUAUUGCUGUUGUGGGUUGUUUAUCAGUUGGCCCUGUGCUCUGUUCGUGUUACAUUACAUUUCCACGACCUGUUUUUUCGUGCUGUUGUUAUCGCCGUGUCACACGCGAAUGACUCUGUGUGUGUUGUGUGUUGUGUGUUCUUAUUGAAUUAACACAAACCCCAA